GGGAGGACGGGCCCAGCUCCACGCUCGCCGGGGCUUCCCGGGCUGGAGCGCGCCUGAGAGCCUCCGCGCCGGGCAUGGGGAGCCGCUUCCCGGGCGGCUGCGGCACGGAGGAUGCUCCGGGCGAGCCGAGCGCUCCGCAAGAGUGAAUGACAUGUCCAGCUCGGGGUGUUGUUUCUGAAGGGAGGAGCCUUUCUCUUGGAGAGGAUCCUCAAUGAGCCUGGCCGCGGCCCGGGAGCUGUGUGAAGUGGACUAAGGAUUAAGUAGGAUGUCAACUGAGACAGAACUUCAAGUAGCUGUGAAAACCAGCGCCAAGAAAGACUCCAGAAAGAAAGGUCAGGAUCGCAGUGAAGCUACUUUGAUAAAAAGGUUCAAAGGUGAAGGGGUCCGGUACAAAGCCAAACUGAUUGGGAUUGAAGAAGUUUCCGCAGCUCGGGGAGACAAGUUAUGUCAAGAUUCCAUGAUGAAACUCAAGGGUGUUGUUGCUGGCGCUCGUUCCAAAGGAGAACACAAACAGAAAAUCUUUUUAACCAUCUCUUUUGGAGGAAUCAAAAUCUUUGAUGAAAAGACCGGGGCCCUUCAGCAUCAUCAUGCCGUUCACGAAAUUUCCUACAUUGCAAAGGACAUCACAGAUCACCGGGCCUUUGGAUAUGUCUGUGGGAAAGAAGGGAAUCACAGAUUUGUGGCCAUAAAGACAUCACAAGCGGCUGAACCUGUUAUUCUGGACUUGAGAGAUCUCUUUCAACUCAUCUAUGAAUUGAAGCAAAGAGAAGAAUUGGAGAAAAAGGCACAAAAGGAUAAGCAGUGUGAACAAGCAGUGUACCAGACAAUUUUGGAAGAAGAUGUUGAAGAUCCUGUAUACCAGUACAUUGUCUUUGAGGCUGGACAUGAGCCAAUCCGUGAUCCCGAAACAGAAGAAAACAUUUACCAGGUUCCCACCAGCCAAAAGAAGGAAGGUGUUUAUGACGUGCCAAAAAGCCAACCUGUAAGUGCUGUGACCCAAUUAGAACUUUUUGGGGACAUGUCCACCCCUCCUGAUAUAACCUCUCCCCCCACUCCCGCAACUCCAGGUGAUGCCUUUAUCCCAUCUUCAUCCCAGACACUUCCGGCAAGUGCAGACGUGUUCGGUUCUGUACCCUUUGGCACUGCUGCUGUACCCUCAGGUUAUGUUGCCAUGGGCGCCGUCCUCCCAUCCUUCUGGGGCCAGCAGCCCCUCGUCCAACAGCAGCUCGCCAUGGGUGCUCAGCCACCAGUCGCUCAGGUGAUGCCGGGGGCUCAGCCCAUCGCAUGGGGCCAGCCGGGGCUCUUUCCUGCCACCCAGCAACCCUGGCAAACUGUGGCCGGGCAGUUUCCUCCAGCCGCCUUCAUGCCCACACAAACUGUUAUGCCUUUGCCAGCUGCCAUGUUCCAAGGUCCCCUCACUGCCCUUGCAACCGUCCCAGGCACGAGUGACUCCACCAGGGCAAGUCCACAGACCGACACGGCCAAGCAGAAAAUGGGGAAAGAAAUGUUUAAGGAUUUCCAGAUGGCCCAGCCUCCGCCCGUGCCCUCCCGCAAACCCGACCAACCCUCCCUCACCUGUACCUCAGAGGCCUUCUCCACUUACUUCAACAAAGUCGGGGUGGCACAGGAUACAGACGACUGUGAUGACUUUGACAUCUCCCAGUUGAAUUUGACCCCUGUGACUUCUACCACGCCAUCGACCAACUCACCUCCAACCCCUGCUCCUAGGCAGAGCUCUCCGUCCAAAUCCUCUGCAUCCCAUGCCAGUGAUCCGACCGCAGAUGACCUCUUCGAAGAGGGCUUUGAAAGUCCCAGCAAAAGUGAAGAGCAAGAAGCUCCUGAUGGAUCGCAGGCCUCCUCCACCAGUGAUCCAUUUGGGGAGCCCAGUGGGGAGCCCAGUGGUGAUAAUAUAAGUCCACAGGCCGGUAGCUAGAUAGCGCAGGUCUGGGAGCCGGAGCCUCUCUAUGCGCAGAUCAACAGACCUAAGAAAUAGCGGCGAUGCAAGCUGACGAUGGGUGUAUCGAGACUGGCAUGGAAAUCAGUAUCGCAACAGGCUCUCUUGUAUUCUUCCACUUCAUCUCAUUCCACAAAGAAAUUCACACUUGCCCAAUGAAACUCAUUUUGAAAAAGGAACAACAAUUUUGGCAACCUGUGGCAGAUAUAUAUGGCAGCACAAAGGAAGGAAGGAAGGAAGGAAGAAAGAAAAGAAAGAAAGAAAGAAAAAAAGAAAGAAGAGAAAGACCCACAAAAGUAUUUUUAAAAGCCACACCCAACAUUAAAUCAUGAAUCAAGCAAAUGCUUACCCAACAGAUAUUCUAAGCUCUCCUACCUGGGUUUAAAAUGACCCAGAAUAUAAAAUCUUAAUUCUGCUUUGUUUUCUCUACUUGUUGGCCACUAUAGAGACAGCAGAUUUGGAGUGAUAGGCAUCCGAGAAUUACAGCGAGGUUGGCGCUGACUUUUAGGCAGAGUGAGGGCCCCCUGGGCCCACUGUGUCAUCAUCCACGUGCCUUUCGGCAUAUGAAGAUGUUUGGUCCUCACUCCACAGGGCGCAGUCUGCCAUUUCGCUGCUCCUUCCUUUGUCAUGUCUGAAAGUUAAUGGGUGUACAAAUUUUGUAUUGCUUUUGACUUUUUUUUUUUUUAGAUAUGGGUGAAGAUGUCUAACUGGGGGGAAAAAAAUCCUCUUAUAAAGUGAAGUAACUUGAAAUCUCGCAAGACAAAUAAGUGGUUGAUUAUUCAUUAUGGUCAAGAACGUUGCCAAAACAACCCUGUAGCUAUUCUGCACCCUGCUGAAGAAAGACAGUUUUCGGUUCAAAUCUUCAUUCUGUGAGUAGGAAAGGACAUCAGAUCCCACUGAUGAGAAAGAUGAAAAAUGCAUCUAAUUUCCUAAGAAGCUCUAAACUCUGAGUACAAUAGAAUAAUAUUUUUAUUUUUUUCUGAUACUUUGCUGCUGUGAUACUAUGCAGACAAGUGUCUCCUCCACGUGCCAUUUUCAAAGAAAAGUCAUUUGCCAAAUAAUUCUGGUAAUGUGGUUUUGGAUUUCAAAAACCAGCUUUCUGACAGAACAAUGGUAACAUAAACAUUCAGCAUAACACACUGAUUGUGUGGUCAAAAUGGUCCAUCUCUAUCUCUUUUUGUACAUCAGAAAAUUCGAAUGGGAUUUUUAUUUUAUAACUUUAAAAAAACCUUACCAUUAAACUCUUUAAAUAUUUAAGGGAAAUGGCUUU